AUGGCUUCCAACGAUCUCGCCCAGGGCGUCCAGAACUUGAACAUCGACGGAAAAAGAAAAAAGAAACCCCAAAGAGCCUACCAUGACUUGAACCAGCAGGCCUCCACUUGGUCCCAAUCGGCUAAUCCAGCUCAACCCCAGCAACAGUUUCCCGGUCAGCCGGGCUUUGCACCUCAGACGGAAGCUUUCCAGCAGCAACAGGCAACCCAAUUUGCUCCUCAGGCCCAGCCGUACCCAGGAUACCAGGACAUCCCGGCUCCACAUGGCCAUCCAGGGUUUCAAAGCCAGAGACCUCCUCAGGUCCCACAGGAGCCUGUUCACGAUACCAGUUUCGACAUUCUGGGGACUCCGCAUGCCCCGCCAGCAUCCUCGGACCUUUCGCUAGGCAAGGCUCGGUACGAACAGGAAACCGAAUAUACCACAUUGCUCUACGAUGAGGCUGGUGAGUGCAUUGGCACGAAACCGUUUCUUUCUUUUGAAAACAUCGUGCCUCCUUUCGCCGGAACCCAGUACUUUGCCGUCGACCAGAGCACCGCCACCCCAAAGCACAUGAGACCUACAUUCUACUAUGUUCCUGAGCAAGAGCUGAUGCGUAAAGCUACCAGACUACCCAUGGCGGUCACCAUUCGCCCUUUUGCACCUUUGCUACCCAAUGAAAGCCCCGUUCCUACUGUGGAUAUGUCACGUUUGGGCGAACAGCUGCUUUUGGAUCCUCAGGAAUGGGGUCCUCCAAGAUGCCGCCGUUGUAGAACCUACAUCAACCCACAGAUGGUGCAUACGUUUCUGGGAAGGUUCACAUGUAACGUGUGUCAGUUCCCAAACAACUCAGUGCCUCAGGAGUACAUCUCGCCAACUGACCAAUAUGAAAACAGAACCGACAGGGCCCAGAGACCUGAGCUCCACAGAGGUGUCUACGACAUCAUUGUGCCUGACUUUUACAAUGUCGGAGGUGCUGAAAAUACGCCCAAACCAAUGCACCACGUAUUCUUGGUUGAUGUGUGUCAGCAGAGUAUCAGCAAGAGCCUUAAUGUCUUGGUAGCGGACGCCAUUCGUGCAACGCUCUUUGACUAUGAGAGGGAGAAUAACGGCGAGAAGAGACCACAAAAAUUCGCCAUUAUUUUGUUCGACAAAGCAGUGCAUUUCUUCAACUUGUCUCCCGACUUGGAUUCCACGCAAAUUUGCGUUUCUCCCGACUUGGAUGAUCCUUUCGUUCCCUUCUACGAUGGUCUUUUCGCCGACCCAGACGAAAGCAGUAUGGUGAUUGAAGAUGCCCUCAGAAAUUUGGAGAGUUUGGCGGAUACCAAGAGCCUUCAUGAUUCUGAGCCCUGCUUUUCGGUCGCCUGUAGAGCCGCUACCAUGUGCCUUGAAAGUGUGGGUGGUGGUAAGAUUACAGCUAUUGUGUCUACGCUACCUUCUUGGGGACCCGGCGGCUCAAGAUUGAAACAGAACAAAUCUGUGGGAAGAAACCCCUCUGCUGAGAUGGAGAAAAAAUUAUACUCUGUCGAUAACGAGUACUACAAGCUCUUGGCAAAGGACAUGAUUGCUCAAAACGUUGGUUUGGACGUUUUGGCGGUUUCCGCUACCCCAGUUGACGUCUCCAAUAUCGGAUGGCUAGCUUCUGUCACCGGUGGAAAGGUUCACAAAUGGACUGAUUUCGUUUUUGAUAGAGAUAGCCGUGCGCUUACGGCUCAGAUUGUGAACUCUGUCAAAUCUUCCACGGGUUACCAGGGCCAGUUGAAACUUCGUUGUUCCAAUGGUCUCCAAGUAUCUCAGUACUACGGCUUCCCAACCACAGAAGGCGGAAUCAUUGGUCUCACAGGCAAUCAGGAUCCUGUAAUCCCAGUUCUCAACGAGGACCAGACCUUCACUGUCUUGCUUGAGUACGAUGGAAAAUUGAACACAAAGUACGACUGUCAUCUUCAAGCCGCCUUGCUUUACACAGACACAUUCGGUGUUAGAAAAGUCCGUGUGAUCAAUCUCGUGUGUGCCGUGAGUGAGCGUCUUGAAGAGAUUUUCUACUUUGUUGAUCAGGAUGCUAUUAUUGCAGCGCUCGUCAGAGACACUCUUUCGUUUGUGGGCAAAGAGCUGAUUGCUGAGUUGAGAACGUCUAUCAAUGCUAAACUUGUGGACGUUUAUGCCCAGUACAGAUUGAUGGAGGAACGUGGACACAAUAAAACUCGCUCGCUCACCAACCAACUCAUUUUCCCAGACUCAUUGAGACAUAUCCCCCUAUUUAUUAUGGCUCUCACGAAAUCCAAAGCACUCCGUGACUCCACAGCGGUGCCUAUUGAUGACCGUCUUGCUGAUGUGUACAAUAUGCUCAAUAUGCCUUUGGAGAGACUUGUUUAUCACUUGUAUCCUGCCUUGGUGGAGUUGCAUUCUUUGGCAGAUGACGAAUGUAUGCCGAUGGAGAAUACUGAAGAAUCAUUCAUGAAAGUGCCGGAGUACUUGCCUUUGACAGCACAUUCCUUGCAGCCUAGUGUCUACAUCCUUUGUGAUGGCACAACAGUUUUCGUAAGGGUCCAUCCUGAUACAAACAAACAGCUUUUGGCUGACUUGUUUGGAGAGCAUGUUCAUCAGGUUGAGGACAUUGACAUCAACAUGGACUCCUUGCCAGAGAUGCCUACUCACAUCUCGUUACAGGCUCGCAAUUUGGUCAAGUACUUCCAGAAAAACAUCAUUGGAACAUCCAGCAUCGGUCAGUCGUCAGUUCAGAUUGUUAUCGAGGGUGUGGAGCCGCUUAGUAAAGUAUUCCACGACACUCUCAUCGAAGACCUGCUUUCUUCAAAAAUUGCCAGUACAUCUGCUAACUAUGCAACGUUCUUGACAUCCUUGCACAAGGCAGUGACCGCCAAGUGA